AUGACGGAGCUAAACACCCUUGUAAAAGAAUUUCAAGUUGAACGAUUGCUAAAGCUGGACACACAGUCAAAGUCCGUUGCAAUUCUUGGACGGAUCCUGGGUCAGUAUGCGGUCGUUGUAAUUGAAAAGACGGCAUUCAACGUUGAUUCCAUCAAAGCAGACUGUGGUUUAUCACAAAUUAUAGACGCCGUAUCAACCAUCAACUCCAAUGACGUUUACAACUGGGGGAAAGCUCUACUACGCCAAGACUUAGAGCAAUCACCAGCAGCCAAAGUCAACUUGAUAUACCCCGCCACCGACACUCACAUAAGGAAAUAUGAUAAUCAACAAUUGCAUUACGUGAGAGAAACUCCGGAAAUGUAUCAAAAUUACGUGGUGCCUUAUAUACAUACCAUGAAGGGCGAUAGAAUCCAGUGGGUUUACAAUAUCUUAUUCCAUGGCAAGGAGCUGGAGUCCGUCAUCUACCAUGAUCAGAGCGAGGACGGCUUUGUUUUGUUGCCAGAUAUGAAAUGGGAUAAAGUGAAUCUAGAGAACUUAUACUUGUGCUGUAUUGUCAACAGGAAGGACAUAUCCUCAUUGCGAGACUUGAACGGAUCUCAUGUGGGGUGGUUGAAGAAAGUUCGGGACAAAGUUACCUCAGUUGCAUCUGAAGUGUAUGGUAUUGCUCAAGAUCAGUUGAAAGUGUUUGUGCACUACCACCCCAGCUACUACCAUUUCCACUUGCACAUUGUAAACGUGCACCAUCCGGGUUUGGGAGAUGGAAUAGCCAUUGGGAAAGCGAUUUUGUUGGAUGACAUAAUUGACAAUUUAAUGCUUGUUUCUGACUACUACAAGAUAAAGACAAUUGGGUUUAUCUUGGGUGAGAAUCAUGGCUUAUGGCAGAUAAAAGAGUAUAGAGAGGAGCAUUAUAAACAGUAA